AUGCCCGUGUUUUACUCGCCCGUCUCCCAGAACCUGCGGAUGGGCCUGGCCUACGUAGGAGGCUCUGUGUUCACCAACAACAGGACUGGAGACAGCGACCACGCCAGAGAGCAGGAGGACAGAUCAGUGGUGAACGAGCUGGUGUCUCACCUCCCUCUCCAGAUGCUCCUCUACUUCAACAUGUUCUUCUUCCCCUGCUGGUGGUUCUCCGCUGUGGCCAUGCUGGAAGUCAAGUUUUAUUAUCUGCCCGGAUACUACCAGGCUCUCCUUGUAACCGGCAUGAUCCUCCUCACAGUGGUCGAAGUGGUCCGUCUUUAUCUGGGUUACGUCGGCAACCUCAAAGAGAAGGUGCCAGAGCUAGCAGCAUUCUGGCUGCUGUCCUUCAUGUUCCAGCUGCCGGUGCUCUUGUUCUUCCUGACGGACGAGGGAACCAUCAUCCUGCCCCUGGAGAGGGUAGUCCACUCCAUCUACCUCCUCUUUCUGCUGGCCCAGAUCCUCGCCGCCUUCCUGGCCCUCAGGACCAUGACUCGGAAGCUCACCGUGCUUUUCCAUCUGCGCCAGUUCGGUGAGGUGGAGACCCUCCACCACACGGGCAUGAGCUGUGUCUACGGGCUGCCAUACCACCGCACCGUGUUACCCAUGCCAGAGACUAAUAACAUGGACCAUUAA